GUUUGUGUCUCUUGGCUUUCUCAGGGCUCCGUCUUCGAGAAGCUCGUGUAGCAAAAGGCUUGUAUUUGAAUUUGAGAACAAAACGGUUUAACGCGCCGUUCGUCCUCCAGAGAGAAGCUGAAAGAAUGAGUGUGUCAGAAGAGCAGCGUCGCCUGCAGAUAUAAACAAGCAAGUCUCCAGCGAUGGCAGACUCGGACAGGGAGCAUGACCUCCGGGUGGUCCUACUUGGGAAAGUUGGUGCAGGCAAGAGUGAAUCAGGCAACACGCUGCUUGGCUCGUCUAGCUUUUUGUCUGAGCUCAGUGCCUCUGCGGUCACCCAGCAGUGUGAGGCACAGACUGUGACCUUGGGAGGAAGGCGGAUCAUGGUGGUUGACACUCCAGGACUGACUGCAAAAAUGGACUCAAACACAGCUAAGGAGAAACUGCUCCAGUGCCUCCAGUUCUCAGCUCCUGGUCCACAUGUUUUCCUGCUGGUGAUCUCCCUAGGCAGAUUUACCCAGCAGGAGAGGGACACAGUGGACAGAGUGAUAGAAGUGUUUGGGCAGGAUCUCUACAUGUUCACCAUCAUCCUCUUCACUUUUAAAGAAAAUAAUACCUCCAUUGAGGAAUAUAUCAGCACUGCCGGGGACAGUCUAAAGCAGCUGGUUCAGAAGUGUGGCAGCAGGUAUCACGCCUUCAGUGAAAAUCCUGGUAAAAAGGAUCAAGAGGAACUUCUAGCAAAGAUAGACAAACUGGUAUCAGCCAAUUGUGGUAGAUGGUACACCAACACAGAUAAUGAGAUAGAAGGUGGGGGAAGCUUGACCUCCAAAACAAGUGUCUCUGAAAAAGACAGCGCCCAAAAGGAGAGAGCAAAGAUCAUCAUGACCCGUCUGGAGUCCAUAUUCCAGGAACUGGAGCACAAAGUCAUCUCUCUGGUGAAGAAUCAGCUGAAGAGGUUCAAGAAGGUGCUGAGUCCAGAUUUCCCAGCAUGCUCUGAGAGGGAGGUGGAGGGUGAGGUGGACCAGACUGUCAGAGAAGGAACACUGCAGAUCGCACUGCACGUCCUGAGGAACAUGAACCAGACAGACCUCGCCAGCACAUUACAGACCAAACUGGCUCCUGUUUGUCAUCAAAAGUUUAAAUCCACAUUGAAGAAGAAAUUCCAGAGAAUUAAUGAAGGAAUCCCGUAUCAUGGAGGCUCAACACUUCUGAAUGAGAUCUACACAGAGCUCUACAUCACAGAAGGUGGGAGUGGAGAGGUCAAUAAUGAACAUGACGUGAGACAGAUUGAGACAGUGUCCAGGAGACCAGCAACACAGGAGAGACCCAUCAACUGCAAUGACCUCUUUAAAGACACAGCCGUCAGAACUGUACUGACUAAUGGAGUUGCUGGAAUUGGAAAAACAGUCUCAGUGCAGAAGUUCAUUCUGGACUGGGCUGAAGGAAAAGCUAAUCAGGAUGUCCUCUUCAUAUUUCCACUUCCUUUUAGGGAGCUGAACUCAGUGAAGAGUAGAAAACUCAGUCUAGUUGAUCUUCUUCGUCUCUUUUUCACAGACAUAAAACAAUUAAAACCAGCAGAUUAUUAUCAGUACAAAGUCUUGUUCAUCUUUGAUGGUCUGGAUGAAAGUCGACUUCCUCUAGAUUUCCAGAACAAUGAGAGCUUGUCUGAUGUAACACAGUCAGCCUCAGUGGAUGUGCUGCUAACAAACCUCAUCAAAGGGAAUCUGCUUCCCUCUGCUCUUCUCUGGAUCACCUCUCGACCAGCAGCAUGUGGUCAGAUCCCUCCUGAGUGUGUUGACCAGAUAACAGAGGUACGAGGAUUCAGUGACCCACAGAAAGAGGAAUACUUCAGGAAGAGGAUCAGUGACCAGAGUGCGGCCAACAGAGUCAUCACACAUAUGAAGUCAUCAAGAAGCCUCUACAUCAUGUGCCACAUACCGGUCUUCUGUUGGAUUGCAGCCACUGUUCUGGAGAGGAUGCUGGGUCAACCAGAGAGUGGAGAGAUCCCCAAGACUCUGACUCAAAUGUUCACACAGUUCCUGAUCUUUCAGAUCAAACACAAAGACCAAAAGUACCAUGGAAAAUGUGACACUGAUCCUGGGCAGACUAAAGAGAUUAUUCUGGCUCUGGGAAAACUGGCUUUCCAACAGCUGGAGAAAGGGAACCUGAUCUUCUAUGAAGGAGACCUGAGAGAGUGUGGCAUUGAUGUCAGAGAAGUGUCAGUGUACUCAGGAGUCUGCACUCAGAUCUUCAGAGAGGAGUUGGGGCUGCACCUGGGGAAGGUGUUCAGCUUUGUCCAUCUGAGUGUUCAGGAGUUUCUGGCUGCUUUGUUUGUAUUUUUCUCCUUUAUUCCUCAGAACAGAAAUGUGCUGAAACAUCAAACACAUUCAAAAUCAACAAUGACUGAUUUUCUCAAGAGUGCAGUGGACAGAGCUUUACAGAGUGAGAAUGGACACCUGGACCUUUUUCUCCGUUUCCUCCUGGGUCUCUCACUGGAGUCCAAUCAGACUCUCUUACGAGGCCUGCUGACUCAGACAGGAAGCACUUCUAACUGCAGAGAGGGAACAGUUGAGUACAUCAAGGAGAAGCUCAGGGAGAAUCUCUCUCCAGAGAAAUACAUCAAUCUGUUCCACUGUCUGAAUGAACUGAAUGACCGCUCUCUAGUGCAGGAAGUCCAGACAUACCUGAACAGAGGAGACUAUCGCCGUCUGCCUGGAUUCACCCUCUCUCCUGCUCAGUGGUCAGCUCUGGUGUUUGUGUUGUUGAACUCAGAGGAAGAGCUGGAUGAGUUUAAUCUGAGAAAAUAUGACCCAUCAGAGGAAUGUCUCCUGAGGCUUCUGCCAGUCGUUGCAGCAUCCAGAAAAGCUGUGCUGUGGGAUUGUGGUCUCUCAGAGAGAAGCUGUGCAGCUUUGGCCUCAGUUCUCAGCUCAAACUCCUCAAGUCUGAGAGAACUGGAUCUGAGUGUUAAUAGUCUGUGUGAUUCAGGAGUGACGCUGCUCUCUGCUGGACUGGAGGAUCAACACUGUAAACUGGAGACACUCAGGCUGUCUGGGUGUGAUCUCUCAGAGAGAAGCUGUGCAGCUUUGGCCUCAGUUCUCAGAUCAAACUCCUCAAGUCUGAGAGAACUGGAUCUGAGUGGAAAUAGUCUGUGUGAUUCAGGAGUGACGCUGCUCUCUGCUGGACUGGAGGAUCAACACUGUAAACUGGAGACACUCAGGCUGUCUUGGUGUCGUCUCUCAGAGAGAAGCUGUGCAGCUUUGGCCUCAGUUCUCAGCUCAAACUCCUCAAGUCUGAGAGAACUGGAUCUGAGUGGAAAUCUGAGUCUGUGUGAUUCAGGAGUGACGCUGCUCUCUGCUGGACUGGAGGAUCAACACUGUAAACUGGAGACACUCAGAUUAUGGGACUGCAGUAUUACAGAGAAAGGCUGUAAAGCUCUGGUUAAAACUUUGAAAUUAAAUCCUUCACAUUUGAGAGAGCUGGGUCUGGGUUGGAAUGAACCAGGAGAGUCAGGAGUGAAGAUGCUUUCUGCUCUACUAGAAGAUCCUCACUAUAAACUGGAGAAACUACACCUCCGAACACCAUUCACUGGGUCUAUGCACCGCUACACCGGAGGUUUAUGAGACAAAAUGUUUUUGGUCCCUUUUGAGUCAAGAUGCAGCACAGGGGUUUCCAUUUUUUUCUGCAGAACAGUGGCUGCACCCAAAUGUCAAACUCCUAACCUUUGAGGAUGACCUCACAUUGUCCCAAAGCACCUGGACUCCUGGGGACAACAUCAACCCUCUCAAACCAGUGGAAAUGUUGACAGACUUUCAUAAACUCACUCUAGAAAUCAACACUGUAGCUGGGAGAGUUGCAGCGUCUUUAAAGUUCCUGCAGGUCAACACCCAUGUACCCAUGUAACUCCAUCUGGAGCAAAAGUCUGUGAUGACGCUAGAGUGAAAAGGAGACUACCUUUACAAUGAAAAUGCACUGAAAAUGUAUUUUUUGGAUGCAUCAUUUUACCAGAAUCUGUAAAGGAUCUUGUUCCUUUCACUAACAUGAAAAAUAAAGUCGUUUUUUUUUCCA